CGUUUAACGUCAAAGUCGAAACUCAAAACGUAGUGGUUAAUGGCUAGCCUACUUUACAUUUUAUAAAAAUUUGUUACAAAGUGGUUAGUAGUUACUUUUUGCUUCAAUUAAUUAGUAAUUUUCAGUUUUAAAUCAUGGCUGAAAUAGAAAAAUUAACGAUAGGAGAAAUUUAUACUUCCGAAAAGACUGGCAGUGAUAGUACUGGAGAGGGCUCAGCAGAAAAACCAUUUAAAACAAUCUUACAAGCCAUGCGAUACGCUGGCAAGGAACCGUUUCCGACUAUAUACGUGGACUCCAAAGAGGAAGGCAAACAGUACGACGUAGCUGCGAAAUCGCAGUUAAAAAAAAUUACCAAGAUAUGGAGUCGGGAGUGUUACAAGGCUGUUGAAAAAGUGAAGGUGGACGAAGAAAAUGUUGAGAAGAGGCAGCAAAAUUUGGACGAAGCUAAGAAAAUUGUUUUAAAAGAGGAUCCUUCGUUGCCAAAAGCCAAGACGGUGAAAAUACUUCAUUCGGCUGAACAUCGAGGGGAGAGAAUAUGUGUGCGUGGUUGGGUCCAUCGUCUACGUCGUCAAGGAAAAGCAUUAGCUUUUCUUACAUUGCGGGAUGGUACUGGAUACAUGCAAUGCGUCUUACAUGGCAUUCUCUGUCAGACAUAUAAUGCUUUAGUUUUGUCAACUGAGUCAUCUGUCAUUUUAUAUGGAAAACUAGAAGUUGUUCCUGAAGGCAAAUCAGCACCGGGAGGUCAUGAACUGACAGUAGAUUACUGGGAGCUAGUCGGCCUGGCUCCGCCUGGUGGGGCAGAUGCUAUAUUGAACGAAGACGCUCUGCCCGACGUCCAGCUCGAUAACAGACACAUAAUACUGCGCGGCGAGAACACGACGAAGGUGCUCCGCGCGCGCGCGCAGGUGACGCGCGCCUUCCGCGAGCACUUCGCGAGCCGCCUGUACACCGAGGUCACGCCGCCCACGCUCGUGCAGACGCAGUGCGAGGGCGGCUCCACGCUCUUCAAGUUUGACUACUUCGGCGAGCAGGCGUACCUGACGCAGAGCUCGCAGCUGUACCUGGAGACGUGCCUGGCGGCGCUGGGCGACGUGUACUGCGUGGCGCAGUCCUACCGCGCCGAGACCUCGCGCACGCGCCGACACCUCGCCGAGUACAGCCACGUGGAGGCGGAGUGCCCCUUCAUCGAUUUUGACGAGUUGCUGGAUAGGAUCGAGGAUCUCGUCGUCGACGUCGUCGAUAGGGUCCUGGAGUCGCCCGAGGGACAUUUGGUGUAUGAACUUAACCCCAAUUUUAAGAAACCCGUUAAGCCUUUUAAACGUAUGACGUACGCAGAAGCCAUUGAAUAUCUGCGUGCUAACAACAUUACUAAGGAUGACCAAACGUUCUAUGAAUUUGGAGAAGACAUUCCAGAAGGUCCUGAACGUAAGAUGACAGAUGCCAUCGGGGUGCCAAUACUUCUCUGCAAGUUUCCUGCAGAGAUUAAAUCAUUCUACAUGCUCCGAUGUGAAGAUGACAAGCGUCUAACUGAAUCAGUUGAUCUCCUGAUGCCAGGUGUUGGGGAAAUUGUAGGGGGGUCGAUGAGGAUGUGGGACCAUGAGGAAUUGAUGGAAGGCUACAAGCGCGAGGGCAUCGACCCCCGGCCGUACUACUGGUACACGGACCAGCGCAAGUUCGGCUCCGUGCCGCACGGCGGCUACGGGCUGGGCCUGGAGCGCUUCCUGUGCUGGCUGCUCAACCGCUACCACAUCCGGGAGGUGUGCCUCUACCCACGCUUCUUGGAGAGAUGCACGCCUUAGACGACCUCAUUUUGUUAUCCAUAUUGAAGAAUUAUUAUUUAAUUUUCUUUUAUUUAAAAUAAUCAUUUUUUUUUUAUAAAUAUUUAAUAUCAACUCUAUUUGUUACGUCAUCAUGACUAAACCAUUGAACCGAUUAUAAAUACAUUUUCUUUAGGGGCCUUGAACCUGAAUAAGGAUGUGUAUGCAUAAUAGAGAAAUUUAACCCUUAUAUGGCCAUGGGGUCGACUUUGACCCUCUUCUAAAAACUACUUUCAGAACUGAAUACUACAUUACUAUUGCAGAUCUUAGUUUAAGGUCCUGUAGAAAUGAAUGAAAUGCAGAAAAAGUCCUGGGUAGUUCAUAUAUGGGUUAAAUUUCACAUGGAAAGUCGCGGGGUACAACUGGUAUGUUAUAAUUUACUUUGUUGAUAAAUUAUUUAGUUGUGACUUGGUCCCUUAUUGUCUUAAAAAUUAGAGUCGAAUCUUACAGUUGAUGUUUUAUCAAGUUAAAUUUAAGUUUAAUUUUUUUUUAUACCGAUUUGUAAUGCAUUUUUUGUUAUUCCAGAAAAUAACGUCAUUGAAUUUUUUUAUGUUUAAUCUUACGAUUGCAUUUACUUUG